CGCGUUGUUGUUUUAUAGCUUGCACGUAACCUAAUUUUAUGCGAUGAGCAGACUAGCACCGGCAGAAGUGACAGGCGGUGAAGCGACACUUGUAGAGUGUUAAGCGACAGCACGCGAGCAGCGAAAGUGUGCUUUUUUUUAACCGAGGAAGGAAGAGAACUUUCAUGUUAUCAAUGCCUGUUGUGUGUGUAGAGCUCGCAUGUGCGUAGGAACUACAGUAAUAUUUAGCUGUCUGUGUAUGAUACCGCUACCAGUAUGACCGUACAACAGAUGAUGCAACAAAUGUAAUGGUAGUUGUGUAUUAAGCUUGUGGACAGCGCAACCAAACUCCGCGGAUGGCCGACUACUAGUUACCGACACGUUUUGGUGUUGCAUAUUUCGCAGCGACAUGCCGGACACUGGGCACGCUGAGGCGCCGUUACGCGACUAUUGGACGCGACGGUGGAGCACGAAAGACUCGCCUUGGAUCCGACACGGUAUCCACGCUCUCCUUCGGGACAACGCAUCAGCAGUCCUAGAUGGCAAGCGUGAGGGAACCGUGUUCCUCCCCAUGUGCGGAAACGCCAGCGAACUCAAGUGGUUCUACGACCAAGGCUUCCGCGUGGUGGGUGUUGAGUUUCUGGAGACAGUGGUUCGCAGCUUCUUUGCCGCCAAUGACCUGACAGCUCUGGAAGGCCGCUCUGCCGUAAACGGCUGCAAGAUCCUGCAUACACCCGACUCAAUGUUGAUCAUCUAUAUCUGUGACCUGUACACCUUCAGCAAGGACUGCGAAGGUACCAUGGACAUCGUGUGGGACCGUGGCGGCCUGGUGUCCGUCAAGGAGGACGACAGAGACCGAUACGUCGCGCUUAUGAAGUCCCUCUUGGCGCGCAAUUGUUCCUACGCCUUGUACGCCACCGAGUACGACGACACCGGUUUCCAAGGCUUUCCGCGGAACAUUUCACUUCCUUUGAUUCGGGAGCUCUACGGGGAAGACUACGAGAUCAACCAGCUCGGUGUCACCUUCAUUGAGCGCUCUUAUGUGGAAACAAAAGUGAUCAAGGAAACGCUCUGGCACCUAAAGAAGCGAAGUUCUCGGAGCUAGCGGUCUUACAGCUGGAAGGAUGGAAGGGUUACAUUAUGGAUAUCGACAGGCCUGCAUUUUCACAACGCACUUACCCUUCCGGCAGCUUGCUCCAUUCUGCGGUGCUCUUCGGGACAAAGGAGUCAGCGAAGAGGCACUUCCUGGGCCACUAUGCUUGUAUAUUUAGGAAAUAAAUCAUUUCAC